GAGAAUGCCAGCAAAACAAUCAAAUAAUCACCCAAGCUAUGAGGAAAUGCUAAAGGAAUGCAUUGCAGAAGAGAAUGACAAAACCGGUGUUUCCCGUCAGACCAUUAAAAAGUUCUUAGCCUCCGCAUACAAAAUCAACCCAGAAUCUAAAAUGACAGCCCACUUUUUAUCUCAGUCACUCAAGAGGGGUAUCGAAAACAACGUAUUCGUUUGUCCUAAAGGUAUCACCGGGAAAGUCAAACUUGCACCGAAGAAGCGUGCCGGAUCUGACAGCUCAGAAUCUGAUGACGAUAAGGUUAAGCCUAAGACUAAACGCGUCGCACGCGUAAAUCAAUCCGUUGCACCAAAGAAGACCGUCACAGGAACGACGGCAUCAGGAAGGAAGAUCGUCACUACAUCGCACGUGAAUGAGGUUAAGAAGCCUGUUGACAGCAAGAAAAGGACUUCUUCAACUACACGUAGGGUAGCUGCCAAAAAAACACCAGCAACAACUGCUAUCAAGAAAGCAACCAAGAAACCAGCGACUAAGAAACUUACAGAGAAGGCAGCAAACAAGCCAACCGCUAAGAAGUCUACUGGAAAGAAGCCAGUUGCUGUUAAACCAUUAAACGGCAAGUCAACCACUAACAGGCGUUCAUCUACGCGUAAAUAACUCGUGCGCUUCUCUAGUGAAAUAGAGAACAUAGAGCCACAAAUAAAUAAUAAUCUCGUAUAUUUACCUUAGCUUUCGGUUAUCCAGGACUGUUCUAACGCAACAAUCAAUUCUUAAAUCUGUAUCAAUAGGAACGUAAACUUUUAAUAGUACAACCGCGUGCUCUUGUAAUGCAUGCAUUCUCUUUAUUGCUGUAUAGAUAAAUUAGUGAAA